AUGCCUGCAUCACAGCUCAAGAGGCUCAAGGCCUCUCUCCGAGAUCAAGGCAUUGUCGGACCGCAACAAUCUAAGAAGCAAAAAAAGAAGAAUGCCCAAGAUGAGCGCGGCCGGAACGACAGACGUCUCCAGCGCGGUGCCGCUCUCGAGAACAUCCGCGAGCAGUUUAACCCGUUCCAGUUCAAGACAAAUGCACGAGGCCCAAAAUUCGAAGUCACUACCAACAAGCCCGAGAAGAAAAAGGGGAUACUCGGUCGUCCAGGAAUGGCCAAGGCGUUGGGCGAGGAGAGACGGAAAGAGACACUUUUGGUCGAGAUGCAGCGGCGCAACAGGACUGGUGGCAUCUUCGACAGACGGUUUGGAGAGGGCGACCCUAACAUGACGCCUGAGACAGCCGCCGCUCACCGUUUUGCAAUGGAGAAACAGAGGGCACACAAGAAGACCUCUAUGUUCGACCUGGAAGAGGACGAUGACCUGUCGCAGGGCAUCAGUCUGACGCACGCGGGAAAGUCUCUUACUUUUGGCGACGACGGAGAGCUCUUGGAUGACUUCGACGAGGAGUUCUCGGAGGACGGAUCCGAUAUGUCAGACCUCGAGGAGCACAACAGGAAACGCCUGAAGCGGUUGCGGGACCAGGUCGCUCUCCACGAGGGAGGUGACCAGGAGGAGCCCGAGAGAAAGAAAACGAAGAAAGAAGUCAUGGAGGAGGUCAUUGCCAAAUCCAAACUUCACAAGUACGAGCGGCAAGCAGCCAAGGAGGACGACGAGGAUCUGAGGCUGGAGCUAGACAAGGAGACGGCGGACAUACGGAGGCUGUUGCUCGGACAGAACCGGAAGGACGUAGAAAGAACACGGAACGGCGAAAAGCAGGACGAUUUGAAAGCGAUCGCCAUCCCUGGCGUCGACAAAGACGCAUUCGAGAAGGACUACGACCUUGCUGUCAAGAAGAUGGUGGCAGACAAGCGGGCGAAACCAACCAUGAGAACGAAGACUGAGGAACAGGUUGCUGAGGAGCAAUCCAAUCGCCUCCGUGAGCUUGAAGAGAAGAGACUCAAGCGUAUGAGAGGCGAGGAAGUGCGCGACUCCGAGGAAGAGGAAGAUGACGACGAUUCCGACAACAACAAGGCCAACAAAAGACCAGCCGUGGAGAUCAUUAGAGACAACGGCGGCAGCAGCGAAGAUUUUGGACUCGGAAAGGGCAUCAAGAUGCGGCCGACAGCUACGGAGCUCGGAUUCGAUGAUGAGGACGACUUCAUAAUCGACGAUGAUCUGGUUGCGAGUGGCUCCGACAUUGAAGACGUUGACGACGACGAUGCAUUCGAUGAGAGCGACGUUGAGGGAGCAGAAGAAUUCGAAGACGAUGAGGAUGACGAGUUCACGAAGGGGCUACUCACCGAGAGUGAGAGUAAGGAUGCUGUCUUCAGCGAAGCCAAACAUGGCCAAGAUGGCGGACGCGCUGAGGACGGACUGCCUUACACGUUCCCGUGCCCGCAGACUCACCCUGAAUUCCUGGCGGUCAUACAGGACAUCCCGCUCUCCAAGGUUCCGACCGUCAUCCAGCGCAUACGGGCCUUGUACCACCCCAAGCUUCUGAGUACAAACAAGGAGAAGCUUGGAAACUUCUCCAGAGUCCUGGUACAGCAUAUUGCUCACAUGCAGGACGUCUCCGGCGAGGACCUCUACGCCGUUCUCGAGCUGCUGAUACGACAUGUGCAUUCUCUAGCGAAAAUGUUUCCUAUCGAAAUUGCCAAGGAAUUCCGAUCAUACCUGGAGGAGAUGGAGAACGACCGACCCUUACAUCCGAGCCUCGGAGAUCUGUACAUUCUGACAGCUAUCGGGUCUAUCUUCCCAACGUCGGACCACUUUCACCAAGUCGUCACGCCGGCUAUGCUAUCCAUGGGACGCUUCUUAGGCCAGAAGAUUCCAGGCAGUCUGGCAGAUUAUGCCACUGGAACAUAUCUGUCCACAUUGGCUGUACAGUAUCAGAAGCUUGCGAAGCGCUAUGUGCCCGAAGUCAUGAACUUCACUCUGAACACGAUCUGUGCGCUGGCACCUGCGCAGGCUCGGGCGCAGCUUGGGGCUUUCCCCGUUCACGAACCAGCAGCCGCCAUACGGACAACGAAUGCGAAGGGGGUCUCAGUUCGUAAACUUAAGAGCUAUGACUGCUCAGCGGCGAAGGAAGACGACUCCAGCGAGACGGCAAAAUCGUUAAAGGUCGCGCUUCUGAGUGCCAACAUCUCCCUGCUGCAAGCAGCGUCCGAAACUUGGACGGGAAAGGCGUCUUUCCACGAGACUUUCGAGCCUGCCGCCAAGACUCUGAAGCAUCUCACCUCCAAAGUCAAUCGGACACACCUACCAGAUGCUCUGCUCCAGGAGGCCGAGCGGACGGCCACGCACUUGUCGCGCGCUAUGAAGGUUGCCACGCUAUCACGACGGCCACUAGAGCUGCAUAAUCACCGACCCCUGGCCAUCAAGACGUACAUACCCAAGUUCGAGGAUGACUUCGAUCCCGACAAGCACUACGAUCCGGACCGGGAGCGGGCGGAGCUGGCCAAACUCAAGGCAGAGCAUAAGAAGGAGCGCAAGGGGGCGAUGCGCGAGCUGCGCAAGGACGCCAACUUUCUGGCCCGCGAAAAGCUUCGCCUCAAGAAGGAGAAGGAUGCGGCAUACGAGAAGAAAUACAAACGACUUGUUGCGGAGAUCCAAGGCGAGGAGGGACACCAGGCCAACCUGUACGACAAGGAAAAGUCAGCCAGGAAGAGGGCCAAGAACCGGUAA